AUGUGUCCAAUUACAAUAGUUUCUUUGCAGCCAUUGUCGAAAGGAAUUAUGGGAAGCGUGACACUACAAUGCUCGAGUGCAGUUGAGACAAUUGAUGCCUACUCAAUUCCAUUAUCGAUGAAUAAUAUCGACCACACAAUAAGAACGAACUUUAUUUCAUAUCUUAUUAGCAAAAAAAAAAAAGAACGAUCCCAUCAAACAUUUCUCGAAAUUGGAUUAAUUUGGAUUAUAUUGAAAGCUAUUUUAAAAUGCGGCUGGACAACUAAGGCAAAAUCAACUAGGAAACUGGCGAAAGCUCUGGAACAUUCCAGAGACUUUUCGGAUUUAAGAAUACGAGGAGUGGUGAGAAAGAGAUCACCGUGA